CAGAUGCUGUUGGUCCUUCUUUGUGCAGAAGAGGCAGGAUGAGAUCUGUGUUGGACUUGGGGGUCCUGCUUGUGACGAUGGCCGGCCUGGGGGGCUUCCCUCCCCAGGUGCAGAGUGCGGGGCCAAGCGAGCACUUCGUCAACCAGGUGAGGUCCUUGUGCUUCUUCACCCCCCUCAACGGGACCCAGCGGGAGAUGCGCUACCUGCACACCUACAUCUGGGGCCGGCAGGACUAUGUCCGCUUCGACAGCCGCGUCGGGGAGUUCCGGGCCGUCACGCCGCUGGGAGAGUUCGCGGCCAAACUGAUGAACAGCGACAAAGCCUUCCUGGAGAACAAGCGGCACCAGGUUGAUCGCUUCUGCCCGCACAACUAUGAAGUCGAGGGGUCCUUUGCCCGCUCCUGGAGUGUCCAGCCCCAGGUGACGAUCAUCCCCACAGACUACGACCCCUCCUCCCUCAACACUUUGCUGGUUUGCUCCGUCACUGACUUUUACCCCUCGGAGAUCGAAAUCAAGUGGCUGAGGAACGGGAAGGAGGAAGGCGAAAGCAAAGUGGCCACCACCGACCUGAUGAGGAACGGGGACUGGACCUACCAGAUCCACGUCAUGCUGGAAACGCACUUGGAGCGCGGAGACCUCUACGCCUGCCAGGUGGAGCACUCCAGCUUAAAUGGCACCGUCAUCACCGUGCAGUGGGACCCACAAUCGGAUUCUGCCAGGAACAAGCUGUGGAUGGGCAUCGUGGGGGUCAUGCUGGGGCUGGUCUUUUUCCUCCCUGGACUCGUCCUCUUCCUGAAGAAUAAGAAAGGACUUAUCAGUUAGACUUCACAGCUGCAGCUGGAUCUCCCCAAGUAGAGAAGCAUUUGUGCUAUUCCUUGCAAAUGGACACCUUUUUGUUGCUUGGAGAAUGCAAAGUUCAGAGGCAGCACAGGAAGAACAGAAAAGGACCGUCUACACCCCACCCUUCAAAAGCACCAUCGCUUCUUUGCCUCUUAUUCCUCGGUGUAUGGGAGGUGGAGAGAAGCCCCGUGACGUCUUUGCUGCAUUUCAUCUUGUCUUUUUGCCAGUGGAAACUUUUGUUUUGCACAUGUCUGGUCCAGAUGGCCGCAUCCUGCACUGCCCUUUCUCAGGGAGUCUGGACUCUCCCUUCAGCGCAAUAGAAUCUUGUGGCAUUUGCAGGGGCAUAACUAGGUUGGAGUGUGCCCUGAGACAAGAUUCUUAAAUGCCCCCCCCCGUCACCACUUACCUCUCCUUCCUCUGGCCCGAUGUUUCUGCUAACUAUCCCAACUAGUUUCAAGGUAUAGAUAACACGAAAGCAGAAACAAAUAAUACAACAAAAGAACAAGAACUUUAAUCAUUG